AUGAAAUUCACUCUUCCGUUAUUGACACUCUUAGCCAUUGCUAAUGCAAUGACUAUCACCCAGAAUCAAGUCCAGAAAGGCUCCUUUUCUGACAAAAAUCUUAAGGUCAGCAAGGAUGUUUUUCUCUCUGUCCUUGAACCAGCAACUGUACUGGUAGAGAAUGCUGAAAUCCCAGGAGAUUGGUUUAUUUCCAGUAAGGAUACUGAGACCAAUGCUUCUAUAUACGGUGCGUCAUUCAAGAAUUCCGGUAAUACUAUUGUCUAUGGAUCUAGCAACAAGUUUUUUACAUUCGAAUCUGACACUCAGCUGUUUGACAACAGUGGAAAAUAUAUGUUGACCAUUGGCAAGUCUGGAUCUAUCAAGGUUAAUGCCAAAAACUCGUGGAAGAACACAGGAAAAAUGACAAUUGACUGUGACGAAUCCAAGCGCAGAGUCACAAUAGGACUUUCAGGUGACAAUGGUGUCUUGAAUCAAGGUUCUAUUUGCAUGAUCAACACCGUUUGGAGCCCUGUAAAGAGAGUUGACGGAUGGGGAUGUCUUUAUGUCGGCGAGAACGCCGUCGUCAGCAUUAACCAGGAGGACAAAGAUACUCCUUUGCCAUCUUUUGACUCUUCACAGACAACUUACCUUGCAACAGACACUUCUACCUUGCAUUUUAAUGUCAAGGACUGUGACUGUAUUCCAGAGCAGGAUCCCGGUUUCUUGAGAAAGAAAACUUCUAUUCCCAAUUAUUACAAGGUCAGGGGUUUUGGCAACGGCAAUGUGAUAUCUUUCAACUUCGAUAUUGCAGAGCUCCAAUACAAAAAGGAAUCGGGUGUCUUAGAGGUCACAGUAGACAACAACAAGAGGCCGAUAAUCCACCUUGAUGUUGGUACUCAGUACGAGUCUCAAUAUUUUGGUAAGGCAGGAAACAAGAUUGUGUACAGCAAGAAGAUCGAAAAAUUUGACGUUCCUGGCUUGUGUGUCUGCGACAAGGAGAAACCAAACACCCCAGAGAAUGUUCCAAGCUAUUCGUCUAGAUCUACUACUUCUCUGACAGCUUUACCACCAACUUACACUCCUAGACCACGUACUACCACCCAGCCCAUCCCACCAAAGCCAACUACAGAGGCUCCCAAGCCCAAGCCUACGGCAUCCUCUGAGGCUCCCAAGCCAAAAUCAGAGUCAAGCUCUGUCUCGGACACGCCUAAGCCUUCUUCAUCCAUUGUUCUGAGCUCCUCUAGAGUAUCGAGUUUUUCAAAGCUCUCUUCAUCGAAGUUUCAUUCUUCAAGUUCUUCCAAAUCUUCGACCUCGGUAUCUAUCAUACCAUCCUCUACGAAGGUAAGUUCAUCCGCUCCAAUCAAUUCAAGCUCGUCUAAAUUGUCAUCCUCAAUUCCUAUCGCCCAAAGCUCCUCCAAGAUAUCUUCGAAGCCCUCUUCCCCAGUUGUUUCGACCACUUCAAGAACUCCUUCUUCCACUCCAGGCGUAUCAAAAACAUCUAAAUCUUCCUCAUCAGCCCCUAUUAUUUCAAGUUCUUAUAGGGUUUCUUCGUCUUCCAUACCAAAAUCUUCCAAGGCAUCUUCUUCCAAGCAAAUUGUGCCAAGCUCUUCCAAAUCAUCUUCAAAGAUUACAUCUGCGAAAUUUGUCACUUCGAGCUCAUCCAAGGGACCUUCAUCUUCCGUGAUUUCCUCAAAGAUUCCCUUGAAAAGUUCAUCGUCUUCCCAAGCUAAACCAAGUUCUUCUAAUUGGGUUGCUUCGAGCUCUUUGAGAGUCUCUUCUUCUGUCUCAAUUGUACCAUCUCCCUCUAAACUUUCCUCCAAGGCUUCUUCUGAGGUUUCCUCAACAGUGAACACACAGUCAAGCUCUUCUGUCAUAUCUUCUAAAGCCUCAUCUUCCAUUCCAUUUGAGUCAAGUUCGACCAGAAUCUCUUCCAAGCAAACUCAGAGCAGCUUCAGUAAGUACUCGAAUACAACUUCGAAUGCAUGGUCGACUUCUCAAAGGCCAUCCUCCUCUGUGAUCACGCCAGUCUUGAGUCAAUCUUCGAAACAAACUACUUUGUUGACUAGCUCUUCUGUUGUCGCACCAAGCUCUUCUGUUGUCGCACCAAGCUCCUCUGUUGUCGCACCAAGCUCUUCUGCUAUUGCACCAAGCUCCUCUGCUAUUGCACCAAGCUCUUCGGCCGUUGUUCAGAGCUCCUCUGCUGUCGCACCAAGCUCCUCUGCUAUUGCACCAAGCUCCUCUGCUGUCGCACCAAGCUCCUCUGCUAUUGCACCAAGCUCCUCUGCUGUCGCACCAAGCUCUUCUGUUGUCGCACCAAGCUCUUCUGUUGUCGCACCAAGCUCCUCUGUUGUCGCACCAAGCUCUUCUGCUAUUGCACCAAGCUCCUCUGCUGUCGCACCAAGCUCCUCUGCUAUUGCACCAAGCUCUUCGGCCGUUGUUCAGAGCUCUUCUGUUGUCGCACCAAGCUCUUCUGCUAUUGCACCAAGCUCCUCUGCUAUUGCACCAAGCUCUUCUGUUGUCGCACCAAGCUCUUCUGUUGUCGCACCAAGCUCCUCUGCUAUUGCACCAAGCUCUUCGGCCGUUGUUCAGAGCUCCUCUGCUGUCGCACCAAGCUCCUCUGCUGUCGCACCAAGCUCCUCUGCUAUUGCACCAAGCUCUUCGGCCGUUGUUCAGAGCUCUUCUGUUGUCGCACCAAGCUCUUCUGCUAUUGCACCAAGCUCUUCUGCUGUUGACUCCUCGUGCACCACUUCCACUGUGCUGUCGUCCCUGGUUUAUACUACUCUUAUCACCAUCACCUCUUGUGAGGAAAAUGUUUGUUCUGAGAGCACAGCCACUAUUGUGAAGCCAACUCAAGCCUACCCAUCUUUGACUUCUAUAACUUUGGCUACCACAGAGAUUAAAACCGUGUGCCCAACUAGCGAGUCCUGUUACGAAACUACAGUCACUCGUGGUGCUGAGCCUUCUGAUACCAUUCCUGCUUCUACCGUGAUUACAACCGAGGUGCGUACCGUUUGCCCAGCCAGUGAGCCUUGCUUCGAAACUACUAUUACACAUGCUGCUGAGCAAUCUACUUCUGCCACAGCUGUAACCAAAACUGAAACUCACACUGUUUGUCCCUCUAAUGAAUCUUGUUAUGAAACUACUGUGACUAAUGUUGUCCAACCAACUGGCUCAAUCGAAUCUGCUUCCUCCAAGAAGCCUGUCGUGACUAUCACCACUACCGCUAACUCUGAUGUUCCUGUUGCUACCGCCAGUGCUGCUCCAGCUCCUAGCGCGGAGUCAGCUCUUGAACAUGCAUCUGAUUCUGCUUUAAGCACAUCGUCAGCUGCUUCUUCCUCAGCAUCAGCUAAGGCCUCUAGCACAUUCACUGCUUCAGUUGCCAACUCCGGUACCAAUAUGUCCCUCAACUUUGGAUUGACUCUCCUUUCUGCAUUGAUGUUGUUGUAA